AUGCUUCACUGUGCCAGCUGUGAAAAGCCUAUUAUUGAUAGGUUCUUGCUCAAAGUUUUGGACAGACCUUGGCACAUCAAAUGUGUCCAGUGCUGCGAAUGUAAAUGCACUUUGACUGAGAAGUGUUUUUCACGAGAAGGAAAACUGUAUUGUAAGAAUGACUUCUUUAGGAGAUUUGGGACCAAGUGUGACGGGUGCGCCCAGGGGAUUUUACCCAGUGAUCUGGUCCGCAGGGCCAAGAGCAAAGUGUUUCACCUGAACUGUUUCACCUGUGUGAUGUGUAACAAACAGCUGUCCACCGGAGAGGAACUGUACAUCCUGGACGAAUUCAAGUUUGUCUGUAAAGAGGACUAUCAGAACAAUAACGGGAAAGACACAAUCCUCCUCUCAGUCACGACUUGCAGCGACCCAAGUCUGUCUCCAGACUCCCAGGACCCGCAGGACGACGGGAAGGACUCAGAAACGGGACAUUUAUCUGAUAAAGAUGCGUGCAACAACGAAAAUGACGAGCAGAGUGCCGUCGGGAAGCGCCGCGGGCCUCGGACCACCAUUAAAGCCAAGCAACUGGAGACCCUGAAAGCGGCGUUCGCGGCCACGCCGAAACCCACCAGGCACAUCAGGGAGCAGCUGUCACGGGAGACCGGCCUCAGCAUGAGAGUCAUCCAGGUGUGGUUCCAGAAUCGGAGGUCCAAAGAGAGACGCAUGAAGCAGCUGAGCGCCCUGAGCGGCCGGAGACACGUGUUUUUCCGCGGCCAGAGGAGGAUGAGAGCGCUGGGAGAGAGACUGGAACCAGAGGAGCUCGGACACUUCUCCUAUUAUGGAGAUUAUCCUGGUGAAUACUAUGGCUCAGGAGGGAAUUAUGAGUACUUUCAAGGCCCACCAUCGUCCCAGGCUCAGACUCCAGCAGACUUGGGCUUUGUGCCCUCCUCUGUCCCCGCUGGCACCCCAUUAGGAGUCAUAGACCACCACCAUCCAGGGCACCACUGUCCUGGAGAGUUGCAGUGUUUCUCUGACACAGUAUCCCAUCAUCCUGCGGACUCACCCAGCCCAGAGCCCAAUAUAGCGGGCUCAAUGCACAGCAUCUCCAGUGAGAUGUGUGGCCCCGGCACACCCUACACCACUGUGUCCCUCAGUGACAACGGAUACACCAACCAGCUGUCACAACCCUCCUCAGAAAUGAGCGAAGGCACUGUCUGGUAA